UUCACGCCAUCCGCACGUGCCUGUCUAGACUAGUCUCUUCCCGUCCUCCGCCGCGUCAGAUCACGCGCCGCUCGCUCCUCCCGGUCGCCCUAGCGCCGCCACCAAACGAACCCCAAAAUCGCGAGACCACCCGCGGCGGCUAGCCGGCGCAGAGAUGGGCGACGAGGCGAAGUACCUGGAGACGGCGCGGGCGGACCGCUCCGUGUGGCUCAUGAAGUGCCCCCCCGUCGUCUCCCAGGCUUGGCAGGGCGCCUCCGCCUCUUCCGGCGAUGCUAACCCUAACCCGGUCGUCGCCAAGGUCGUGCUGUCCCUCGACCCCCUCAGCUCCGCCGAGCCUUCCCUCCAGUUCAAGAUGGAGAUGUCUCAAACUAGUGUAGCUAGCACUUGCAAUCUACCAAAGAGUUACUCCUUGAAUAUGUUCAAGGAUUUUGUACCCAUGUGUGUUUUCUCUGAGACUAAUCAAGGAAAACUCUCAUGCGAAGGAAAAGUUGAGCAUAAAUUCGACAUGGAACCUCACAAGGAUAACUUAUUGAACUACGCAAAGUUAUGCCGUGAAAGAACACAAAAGUCUAUGGUUAAAACUAGAAAAGUGCAGGUCCUUGAUAAUGACCAUGGAAUGAGCAUGAGACCCAUGCCUGGCAUGGUUGGUCUGAUAUCUUCUAGUUCCAAGGAGAAGAGGAAGCCGACGCCAACCAAACCAUCUGAUGUCAAAAGAACACGUAGGGAUCGCCGGGAACUGGAAAACAUUAUCUUCAAGCUUUUCGAAAAGCAGCCUAACUGGGCACUGAAGGCUCUAGUGCAAGAAACCGACCAGCCAGAGCAAUUCCUCAAGGAGAUAUUGAACGACCUCUGUAUGUACAACAAGCGAGGGCCGAACCAGGGCACACAUGAGCUCAAGCCCGAGUACAAGAAGUCAUCGGAGGAUGCCGCCGGCGCUCCGUGAAGAUGAUUUGUGUAAUCCUACUGCUGUUGUAUAACUGAGUACCUCCUGGCUUUGAUGUGCGGAACGUUGAUGAAGCUGUCUAUCUGAAGCCUCCCAUCAUGCCUGGGCUGCGUUUGUUUGCUUUUUAUUAAGAGGCAUUGUUGUAAUUGUAUGGGUAUAAAGAUGAUACAUAUACAACACAUGUCACAGAAGGGAAAUGAAACUAUUGAUAAACCA